GGCGGCCCCGCCUCCAGGCCCAUGCAGCGGGUCCCGGGAUCCCCGGGGUCCAAGGCGGACUCCCUGGGGGCCAGGCCAGAGGUCUUGGCACUCGAGGGGCCCGCGCUGACCGCGUCGCCUCCGCAAGAGGCUUCGGGCGACUCGCGGCCCGCGUCCUCGUCGUCCUCCCGGCUCUCCGGGCGGCCGCCGACCGCGAGCCCGGCGGUGGACGGGUCGCUGCUGCGCCAGGCCGCGUGGGGCCGGAUGGCGUCCGGCACGUUGCUGGAGGCCGGCCUGGCCCGGGUGCUCUUCUACCCGACAUUGCUGUACACGCUGUUCCGCGGGAAGAUGCCGGGCCCGGGGCGCCGCGACUGGUACCACCGCAUCGACCGCACGGUGCUGCUGGGCGCGCUGCCGCUGCGGAGCAUGACGCGCCGGCUGGUAGAGGACGAGAACGUGCGCGGGGUGAUCACCAUGAACGAGGAGUAUGAAACCAGAUUCCUGUGCAACUCCGCCAAGGAGUGGAGGAAAGUGGGAGUUGAGCAGCUGCGACUCAGCACCAUAGACAUGACUGGAAUCCCAACCUUGGCUAACCUCCGGAAAGGAGUCCAAUUUGCUCUCAAGUACCAGUCACUGGGCCAGAGUGUCUACGUGCAUUGUAAGGCUGGGCGUUCCAGAAGUGCCACAAUGGUGGCGGCGUAUCUGAUUCAGGUGUACAGCUGGAGCCCAGAGGAGGCGGUGGGAGCCAUCACCAAGAUCCGGUCACACAUCCACAUCAGACCUGGCCAGGUGGAAAUUCUCAAAGAGUUCCACAAGGAGAUUACUGCAGGGGCAGCAAAGAACGAGACGCAGCCGACAUCACAGACAUGAAGUGUGUGGAUUAGAAAGAACUCGAGACAGCCCUGCUGGCAACAGAAUGAAAAGGUUUAACAGGACCAAUGGGGCUCAAGCCCAGGCGAAGUUAAUAGAAGUGCGCUGAAUAAUGGGUGAUUGUGCCCCCUUUGUCUUGGUUUCAUUUUCCUGAACGCUGGUUUCAGAGUUCUGUUGUUCGGCUGGAAAGAUUUAACAUGGCUUCUCUUCACAGGGCCUGGGGAUACGGGGAAGGGAUGAGGUGUCUUAUUUUUUGGAACAGGGUCAAAGAAACCUACCGUGCACCUAAUGUUGUAUUUAAUGAUAUUAGAACUAUAACUCAAAGACAUUUAUCACUAGGAAAAGAGGAGAAAUAUUCAGCUCUGGCCAGACCCUCAAUUCAUUGGCCUCUUUU